CUGGGCUGCCUGCUAACUUGCGUUAGCAUGCUUAUGCUCAUUAUGGUUUAGAUCGCAUUAUUGUAAUGGUCGCGGUUUGAUUUCAAAAGACCAUAGAAAGUGCGGAUGGCAACCAACAGGCUCAAGGCUGUGUUGGGACUUCGUGUGCGCGACCCGAGUCAAUUGUUCACUCACCAUGACUAGGCAUCGCAUUGAGCAUCGUAUGACCACUACUAUAUGUCACUGUUCUUAGUCGCACCGGGGGCGCAUGCCCGUUUUCAGGAGACUUAUCAAAACACAUAAGCCCUGUGCCCUGAAGGUUAGGCCUAUUGUUAGUCUGAAUAGUCUUGGCUCCUAUCCCGCUAAGUUCAUUGACUUUCUACUGAACCUGUAUGUACGUGAGGAAAUUACUGUUCUGGCCUGAGCUACGGAUUUCAUCAACUUGGUAGAAGGUUUGUCUGUGCGGGACGAUCAUUUAUUUUUGAGUAUAGAUGUGACCAGCCUUAACACCAACAUCCCCAACGAGCUCGGUCACGUGGCAUUGUCGUGGUAUAUCACACACAGGUAUACAAGGUGGAUGCCCCGGCCCUUCGUACACGGUUAACAACAGCAUUGACUUCCUUGAUGUCAGUCAUUCGGAAGACUAACGAGUUCGUGUAUGAUAACGAUUUGUGUCCGCAGAUCCAAGGGACUGCUAUGGGUUCGCCUGCAGCAGUGGUCUAUGCCGACAUUGUUAUGCUGUAUUUGGAGAAUCGGUACAUUUUGCCGAUCUUAGAGGGGGAGGGGUUAGAGGUUCAGGUUUAUAGACGCUUUAUCAGUGACAUUUUUGUUUCAUUGCAUGGUUGCGAAGGUCAAGUUCAGCGUGCUUUAGACAGGAUUAAUAAGUGUUCGGCCCUCGAGUUUGCGCAUGAACUGGCACAUGAUGACAUUGAUUUCCUGGACACCACAGUUUCCCGUAGUAAGAGAUACAUGGCGGUGAAGCCUCAUUUCAAGGUCACCAAUCGUUUCCUGUAUCUGCUUGCCGGUAGUGACCACCCCCGUAGUAUGGGUAAAGGUGUGAUCACUGGGGAGUUGAUCCGUAUCCGUCGGUCUUCGACCCUUGACCACCACUACGAAGCUGCUGCCGAGCAGCCGAAGCAGGCUUUCCGGGCCCGUGUAUACAAGAGCUCCAUCUUUCAUCUUUCACACCGUACACCAGGCAUGCAAGGCCGGGCCGCCCCACUUUUUUGGCGGUUUUUUGUUCUUGUUUUUUUUAGCACACUGCAACAAAGCGCGAUGAUCGCAGCUCAGCUCAAACGUGGCAAAUAAUGAAGAAUCCUUGUCCCCGAUCCCCGAUCCCGUCCCCGAUCCCCAUCCCCGAUCCCCGUGGUUUGUUACAGAAUAAAAGAGUCUUUCAUUGUAGUUACACUGAAAUGGCACCAAAUGCCCGGAAAUGCUUGCAAUUGGCUUCAAUUUUUGACAUUUUUACCGCGGAGGGCCCCCGGACCCCCUUGCAUGGCCGCCCCACCUCCAAAGUCGGUGCGACGGGCCUGGCAUGGAUGCGCAGGGAAGGUAUGUUGGUCAGAUUGGCAUGGGUUUGGGUUAUUUCUAGUGUUGAAACGAAUAAUCGAAUAAUCGAAUAAUUUAGAAUAUUCGUGGGGUGAACGAAUAAUCGAAUAGUCGUAGGAAUUAUCAGAAAUCGAAAAAAAAAGAAGAAAAAAAAAGAUCUAUGCUCAGUGCUGACCCUACUGAUAUUUGCACUGCGUAGAUCUGCUCGCAGUGUUUCUUCUCAAUCUCUUCUCCUCUAAGUUGUAAUCACCUAUCGCCUAUCGCCUAUCGGUAUCUAGUAAUACUUCUGUUCUUUCCAUACGAGGGAAACAUGGAUGCAGUGAAGAUCCAAUUACGCUCGACCAAGACCCUAUGCGAUAUGCAGAGCUGGAUCAGGCGUUGCACACUCUGGGGGGGGGGGGGGGUUAUGUACUCUUGGCGGUACAUGUUAUCCGGUUUUGCACCUCCACAUAACAAAACCCGAUAAUCAGCAAUUUUUUUAACUACUUAAAAAGUGCUGAAAAAGUGUUGAAAAAUGCCAUCAUGCGUACGAUAGAAUAUAGAAUAUUCGUUCGAUGGAGGGCGAAAUUGGUCGAUAGAUUAUUCGUUCAAAGAAUCCGUGUUCGGCUUAAACACUAGUUAUUUCUGUAGUUGUAUACAGUGUUCCUCAUUGUAUUUACCUGGGCCCGGCCUGCUGUCCUUCGCCCGUUGGUCUUGAGGUCCAGGUGUAAUAUCCCUACCAUACAGUCCGGUGGCCAGCGCGGCCCGGCAAAUUGUUGUUACAAGGUGGAACAUCGGCAAGAGAUUGCUUGCUCGUUUGCCUCAUGCUCAGUGUCCUCAGGGAGUUGGUAUUUUGCUUCUGUUUGGAUUUUGCAGUGUCUAUGGUGUCCGUAAUUGAGUUUUUGUUCUGUGUCUUUUUCUGUGGUGUGUGGUCAUUGUUCACACAUCUUUAUUUGACUUGCUUCCUGGUGUGGUGUAUCCUUUGGUUUUAUCAUUGGUGCUGGUCUGGCUGUAGAGUUCUAGCAUCCGUAGCUGCCUCAGGGGUGCCACUUUUCCCAUCAGCGUCGACUAGUCCGUAGGAAAGGACCAACCAAACUGCAUCCAACCAUUGGUCUUGCCGAAAAAAAAUUAUGGCCAUUGCAUUCUUCUUACGGCAAAAACUUUAACUUGUUUGCUGGCUAAAGCUGAGUCUGGCAAUUACAUGUUAAAACUAGCAAUGUGCUGUCUGAACAAUAAAAAAAUUCAGACAGCACAUUGCUGCCCUGCCCUGCCCUGCCCUACCCUGGCCCCUGUAGGUAAGAACUGCACAGCACUGACAGCGCCUUUCAACGGCAAGGUGACCGGAACAGGUGUCACGCCCGGCACUGGUCUCUUCUUCGCCUGCAAUGUACCCUACGUACUCCAGGGCAGCGUCGUGCGCUACUGCGACGUCUCCGGAACGUGGAGCAGCGUUCCUGCUACAUGCUCAAUCCCUGAUAUUCCCUGCAAGUACCACGAGUUCAAGUGCGGUGGCAGUGGUGGUUGCAUCUCGACCACCAAGGUCUGCGACGGUGUGUGGUAUGACUGCCCGGAUGGCUCCGACGAGAGCAACCGCACUAGCACACACGGCACUGCAGCACCAGCAGACUCCACCAAAUGGCUACAUCCAGGGAGCCAGCAUGACCAGCUAUGGCAGCCAGAUUGCGUUUGGCUGCUACUAGCUAUACUUUCUCCAGGGACCUGCCACCCACACCUGCCAGCUGAGUGGCAAGUGGGAUGGUGUACCACCCGUCUGCACAUUGGUCUGUCUCACUUGCAAGAGUGGCUUCCAGCCAUAUUAUCGUGAUGGUACCUGCCUGGCCUCUUCCAAGUUCUGCAAUGGCAUUUUCUUUGAGUGUCCCGACAAGACAGACGAAUAUCAAUGCGGCACGACUGGACCCGGUGUGUGCACACCGCUAGCUAAACCGACCAACAGCUACUCCCAGGGCACAAACUAUUCUGCUGGAGGCAGCGUCGUCUUCGGCUGAAAUUCCGGAUACAACCUGCAGGGAAGCAUUGUGCGCAUCUGCCAGAUUGACGGUUCCUGGAGUGGGGCAGCUGCCUCCUGUAAUCCCAUUCAACUGCAGUGCCAGUCUGGCUACCUGCCCUGCCUGCGUUCCAGUGGCUGUAUCCUGCCAUCACAGCGCUGCGACGGUGUUUGGUACGACUGUGCUGAUGGCUCUGAUGCACAGUACUGCCCAGGCAAGGUCACACCAGCUCCAGGUCAAACCGACUGCCGGGCCCUGUCACCACCGGCACUGGGCUCAAUGACCGUGAACGGCUUGAUGUUCAGCAACACGACCACGUUUGUGUGCACAUCUCCCUAUGUCCUUUUGGGCGUGCUUGUGAAAUCAACGGUCAGUGGAGCAGUGUGCAGCCAACUUGCGUCCUGACGACUGCUGCUCUGAGUGCGGCCAGUGACGAGCUAGUCAAGGACUCCGUCUCAGAACGCAUGACACAAACAUGUUAGCUCUCGCUCCAUGCCCAUUGUUGGAGCGACAGUCCUGGAGUCCAGAGUUGCAAGUGAGAUGGUGAUACGGCAAGCAGACGGUGGCAAAGGACGGCUUAAAAGCUCUACAUCUGGCAAGUGGCCGGCAUACCACACCAAUGGACAUCGGACCAGUACACGUAGAGUAGCAUCUCUACGUGACAGGGUAUGAGCGCAAGCCAGUAUUGCCAAGCACUGGGGACCUUUGGCAAUCUGAAGAAUGUUUUGUCCGAGAAUCGAUCCUUGGAUCUGUGGCGUUGCAGUUGUGGUGCUCCCGACCCUCUUGCGCGAUGGCCGCGGAGACUUGGCGAAAAGGUUUGAGACAUACGGCAUCUCAAUAUCUUCCACCACAAUCAGUACAUCAGCACCACCAUCGAGCGUAGCGACAUCAGCAAUAGAAGACGCACAUGAUAUCAUUCCCCCUUAGCGAAGACCUGGGAAUACCUGAGAAGAUGUUAGCCGCGACUUUACUGGAAAAGUCGUCGGUGACAACGGCACUCCAUAUUAAUUUUUAUCUGCAUGCAGAUAGGUCUCUCAACAAGUGUACCCAACAAGUGUACCCAAAGUUUUCAAGCUAAUACACAAGCAAAUUCACUAGGGUCCGAGUAUAUUUUCCUACACCUCUCCCAGUUUGUUGUUGUUAUUUCUGCAUUCAAAUUGUUUGUGUACCUGUACAUUUAUUACAGUAGAGCCACGCAUCCACGACUGUUGUUUCCAAGGGGUCAGGCUCGUCAGUUAUACAAGACCUUUCAGCAAUCUGGCCUUAGGCUUAGUUCCUUGACUUCUUGUACCACUUUCUUAGAUGCACAUCCCACUGGAUAGUGAGCAAUACGUGUGUAGCAGAAUCUGUAUUCCAGAAAAGCAGAGACUCGAGUCUAUUGACACUGCGUUUCUUUUUAAAACGUUAUUGGCUGUGGUGUUCCUAGAGGUAUACACGUACAUUCCUGGGUCACGGUCUGUGACGCCCGACUGUAUUCGUGGUGCAUCAACAAUUAUUUUUAAUUUUGUGCACUCGUGAACCUGCCUGAGGCUGUGAGGCUGCAGAGUGUUGCCUGUGUUUUGCUUAAGAAAAACCAUCAGGUCUCCCCAGA